CUGAGUUGAACAGGAUGGCUCUGCCGGCUCUGCUGGCCCUGCUGGCUCUGCUGCCAUGCUGCCCGGGCCCCUGGGGGGCCCUGGGCCUGCUGGGGGCCGCUGUGGGAGCGCUGGCCGCAGCCUGGACCGUGAGGCUGCUGCUGCGUCACGCCUGGUUCACACACAGGCUGUCCUGCUUCAGCACGCCGCCGACACACUCCUGGCUCCUGGGACACAUGGGACAGAUGCAGAGCAGCGAGGAAGGCCUCCAGCAGGUGGACCGACUGGUGCAGACCUACACACACUCCUGCAGCUGGUUCCUGGGGCCGUUCUACCACCUGGUGCGAGUCUUCCACCCGGACUACGUCAAGCCUCUGCUCAUGGCGCCCGCCAGCAUCACGGUGAAGGACGAGCUCAUCUACGGUCACCUGCGUCCGUGGCUCGGACAUAGUCUGCUGACCAGCAGCGGAGAGGACUGGUCUCGUAAGCGGCGCCUGCUCACUCCCGCCUUUCACUUCGACAUCCUGAAGAACUACGUGUCCACGUUUAACUCCUCCGCUAGGACCAUGCACGAGAAGUGGCGCCGCCUGGUGGCAGCAGGUCAGACCAACCUGGACAUGUUCGACCACGUGACCCUCAUGACCCUGGACACACUACUGAAGUGUGCCUUCAGCUACCACAGCAACUGCCAGGAGUCCUCCAGUGAGUACGUGUCGGCCAUCGUGGAGCUCAGCGAUCUGAUCAUAGACCGCCGGCUGAGGAUUCUGCACCACUGGGACUGGAUUUACUACAAAACUCAGCAGGGGAAGCGUUUCAAACGAGCCCUGAGUGUGGUACACAGGUUCACAAGAGAUGUGAUUCGGAAGCGCCGCGCUCUCAUUAACCAGCAAACCGGAAAACAACCCAGGCUCGGCACAACACCACAGAAGAAGAAAGACUUUGUGGACAUCAUUCUGCUGUCAACGGAUGAGGAAGGAAACGGCCUGUCAGAGCAGGAGAUGGAGGCCGAGGCCAACACCUUCAUGUUUGCAGGUCACGACACCACGGCCAGCGCCGUCUGCUGGACGCUGUACAACCUCGCCCGCCACGCCCACUAUCAGGACAGGUGCAGGCAGGAGGUGAAGGAGCUGCUGCGGGGACGAGACGGAGACGACGUCCAGUGGGAGGACCUGUCCAACCUGCCCUUCACCACCAUGUGCAUCCGAGAGAGCCUGAGGCUCCACUGUCCCGUGCAGGCGGUGACCAGGAGGUACACCCAGGAUGUGACUCUGCCGGGGAGCCGGACCGUCCCGCAGGGUGUAAUUUGUCUGGUCAGUAUCUACGGGACUCAUCACAACCCCACGGUGUGGACGAACCCUAAUGAGUUCGACCCUCAGCGCUUCGACCCCGCCAACCUGCAGGGCCGCUCGCCCCACGCCUUCAUCCCCUUCUCCUCGGGGCCCAGGAACUGCAUCGGGCAGAAAUUCGCCCUGGCCGAGCUCCGGGUCGUCGUGGCCUCCACUCUGCUGAGGUUUCGCCUCACCCCAGGGCGAGACCCCGACCGUGGAGAGGGCGGCCCUGGGGAGGUUCGCCGUCUCCCCCAGCUUGUGAUGAGUGCCGAGGGGGGCCUGUGGCUGCAACUGGAGGCUCUGGAAGAAUGAGAAAACACAGAAGCUCUGCAGUUUUUAACCUUCAUUCUUCACAGAGAGUGAUCUUCUGCUCACUCUGUGUGAGAAUCUGUAAACACAUUACAUCAUGUAGUGAUGUAUGUGCAUCAUCUGUUUUUAUCCAAGAUGUCAUAUCGAUAUGGCCCACCCUUCUUCACUUAAACUGCAUGUUAAACACUCUAUUGUUUGCAUUUUUUUUGUUUUUUUGCUUUUAGAUUGCUGUAAUAUUUCCUGUCUUGCAAUGUGUUCAUAA